AUGUCAAUCAACCACCUUCCGUCAGAAAUCCUGGAAGACAUCAUCUCUUUCGCGCUUCCGCUGCACCCUUCUCCCGCCUCGAUCCUCCAGACAUGUUCUACCUUCAACGAUAUAGGGACGAAACAACUCUAUACACGGCUGGGCUUUUACUCUUUAACGCAGUUGGAUAGGUUUCUAUAUACGUUUGCGGGUGAUCAGAACGUUGGAGAGAUGGGGUCCACCUCGUCGAUAUCAUCGUCUUCGACCAGACAGUCUUGGACACGGCCCAUUCCCUACCGACCGCGUACGGUCGAGUUCAGCUUUAUUAACGAUGUCAAGGCACAGCUGUUCUUCAAGAUGCAUAGCCUAUUCCUCAUGUACCUCAGGCUAAACCCGGGCGAUGAUGGGGGGGAGAGCCCGCAGGUGCUUCAAGUUCAUCCAAAGCUCGAACUAGACGCCUUACAUCUCAAGUGUUACUCGCAUACGAGGGAUGGGAACUUGGAGAUGAUUAGGCUGGCAUUGGGACUCGUCAACCCCACCAAGUUCAUAUGGACAGGGCCCGACCCGCCUCACCAUUUCUCUAUCGCUAUCGUGGCUCAAGCAGUCCCACACCUCUUCCAAGCCCUCCACGGUUUCACCAACCUCCAAGAACUCAAGCUCACUCACAUUGAGCUAUCCAACUGGCCGAAGGCUGUUGGUCUCCCGAUAACGCCUUCGACGAGGAGGGUCUACAUAGGUCAAGCGACGCAUGUUAGUCCGACCAUGGUCGCUUCUGGGGUGUUACUAGCGGGCAAUGCACCAGCCUUCCAGCUUGAACAAGUUCGUCUCGUGGAUGCGUAUAAGGAGAGUAUAUGGGGCCCUCGAGUGAGACGGUCGGAUAUCCUAGCAGCGGCUCUCAACGUUGCUCGACAAUCUGUUAUCCAGGUUCUCGGUGUAAUGGGCGAGGGCGGCGACCAUGCUCGUGAUCGUAGCGACGGGUCUCUGGACGAAGACGCAAUCGAGGAGCUCGUUCGUCAACGAACGUUAUGUCAAGCCAAGUCUGGGCGAAUCAACGGAGGGGAGUGUGUCACGUUGCCCAGCGAUUUGGUGUAG